AUGUCAGAGGGAGAGAACAAGCAGACCCCAGACCCCGUCCAGGACGUGAAGCAGGAGUCCGCGGCAGCUGCUCCCCCCACAGGUCAAGGAGUGUCAUCUGUAUCUCCUCCGGUAUCCAUGGUGACCCAGCCUCCAGCGACCGCAGCCACAGAGGACGAGGAAGAGGAGAGUGAAGAUGAGUCAGAGAUCCUGGAGGAAAGCCCGUGUGGGCGCUGGCAGAAACGCAGAGAGGAGGUAGGAGAUGUGUGAGCGUGAUGAUGAUGAUGAUCAGGUGAGGUGAGUGUGCUGAAGGUGAGCUCUGGAGCUUCAUUCUCUUCUGCUUCUGAAGGUCAAUCAGCGGAACGUCCCCGGGAUCGAUAACGCUUACUUAGCCAUGGACACGGAGGAGGGAGUGGAGGUGGUGUGGAACGAGGUCAUGUUCUCCGAGAGGAAGAACUUCAAACUGCAGGAGGUGGGUGAAGAACCUCGGGCUGAGCUCAGAUGAACACCAGUGGGUUUCUCUGCUUCUCUUGGUUUUAAACUUCUUAAGCAGGAGGUCCGACUCGUUCCUGCAGCUGGUGAAAUAUUUAAGGAGAGGAGAGGAAGUAAGCAGAUCAGGAGGAGAGGUAUUUAAAGCUCUGUGCUUCCAUCAGGUCUGAUCUGACUCUGUGUGAUCCAGCCUGUGAACGUCUCCUCCUCACUCUCACCUGCUUCAGAUUCAGACGCUCCUGUCAUGGACGUCACAGAUCAGGAUUUAGAUUUGAAUGCAAACAGAAGCGUUUGAUGGCGCUCUGACGGACGCCCGCUCUGACGGACGCCCGCUCCGACCGGCUGCUGAGAGAGUCUGAAAAUGUUGUAAAUCUUGAGUUUGAACAGCAGGAGGAGGUUUCUGAAGGACCCUGCUGACUCUGAUGAAGUGUUUCUGCUCACGGAUCAUAAAUCAUGGCGUCCUCAUCUCACUUUACCUCCACAGGAAAAAGUCAAAGCGGUUUUUGACAACCUGAUCCAGCUGGAGCAUCUCAACAUCGUGAAGUUCCACAAAUACUGGGCGGAUGUCAAAGAGAACCGAGCCAGGGUAGGACACGAUGAUCCCAGAAGAUCAGCUGAUGACCCCCAUGGUUCAGAUGAUUGACCAUGUUUUCUUUGUGGUGGACAGGUGAUCUUCAUCACUGAGUACAUGUCCUCAGGAAGUCUCAAACAGUUCUUGAAGAAGACGAAGAAAAACCACAAGACCAUGAAUGAGAAGGUGUGACAGCGCGCGCACACACACACACACACACGCACACACACACACACACACACACACCUGCUCUGUACUAACCUGUGUUUGUCCGACAGGCCUGGAAGCGUUGGUGCACACAGAUCCUGUCUGCUCUCAGGUAAGGCUGAGCGAGGGGGGGGUGAACAGCUGGAGGACCCCUGCUGUGAAGGGAGACGUAGGGGUCCGGUGCAAACACAGGUUCAGAGGGACUGUUCAGGACCUUCAGAUCCAGAGACCUGUUCCACCCUGAUGUUUGUUUCUCUGACCUCUGACCUCUUCUGUCUCCAGCUACUUGCACUCCUGUGAACCUCCCAUCAUCCACGGAAACCUGACCUGUGACACCAUCUUCAUCCAGCACAACGGCCUCAUCAAGAUCGGCUCCGGUAAAGAUCAGUCAGAGAGCUGGGGUUCCUGUGGUUCCUGGGGUUCCUGGUCUAGUCUGACUCUGGUUUUUUGGCGUUGAUGAUGACUCCUGGAUCUCAGGUUUGUCUCUCAGGUUCUCUCAGGUUAGUCAGGCUUUGCUUCGUCUGUUUCAGUUGCUCCAGACACCAUCAAUAACCACGUGAAGACCUGUCGAGAAGAGCAGAAGAGCCUUCACUUCUUUGCUCCAGAGUAUGGAGGUAAGGUCCUGUGUCCUUCACAUCAUCUCCAUCAGCUUCUUCUCCUCCUUCUGCUGCUGCAGUGUCCUCAGAUGUCCUUCUGUCUCUUCCUCCAGCUGUCGCCAACGUCACCACAGCUGUGGACAUCUACUCCUUUGGGAUGUGCGCCUUAGAGGUGAGACGACGAUGUUGACUCUCCUGUCAGUCUCUCUCUGGACUACAGGGGGCGUGUGUGUGUGUGUGUGUGUGUGUGUGUGUGGGGGGGGGGGGUCUUGUUUAGGGGGCGUUCAGACGUGGACACACUCGCCCCGCCUUUGUUUGCUUUGAACUUGUGCUGUUUUUACCGUUACCUUGUGAUCAGGCGCCUUUUCUUUACUGGAGUCAGGAGAAGGAAGUGGGUUAGUGGUCCUUCAAAAUAAAAGCUCAUUAUUACCAUAUAAAGCAAUAAACACACAAAAACAGAAGAAUUACAUUUUUUAUAAUAAACUCAAAUCAUCAGUCAAAUUUCUAAAUCCAAAUCAUGUAGGAAUGAAUUUGAACAAUAUUUCACUUUUUGAAGAUUUGAUCUUUUUUAAGCUGCCCUCUGCUGGACAAAACCUGAAACAGCAAAACCAGAAAGAGCUUAAAUAAUAAAGGAUUCAGGUUAGAGAAGUGAAGCUGC